AUGGAAUCCCUCACACCCCUAAAACAGCCUCUCGCCAUCCGCCCCGAGCACGUCGUCCCCUCCACCACCACAAUCCGCGUGAAGCAACACAGCGCCAGCUGGUCCAGCAGCAACUUCACAAUCACUGCGCAGCCGACGCCCGAAAGCCCCGAGCCUGCGAAACUGUUCGCCGUCGAUGGCGACUUCGCGUCGUGGUCGCAGCGGCGCCGGUUCUGCGAUGCGUCGGGCUUGCCGCUCUUUGAGAUCUCGCGCAAGGAUCUUGGUGUGACGUAUUAUCUGCAUCUUCCGGGGGAAGGCAAAAGGAAGGGGAGUGAUAACGAUGAAUCAGAGCGCAUUGCGACGAUUGUGCCCAAGUACAGCGCGCUCAAGGAUAAGUUCGACGUGCAUUUCCGGAAUGCGGCGGCGGAUGGCGAGGAGACAGUUCUGGAGGUGAGGGGCCAGAAUAUCUGGAAAUCCAAGACGCAUGUUUACCACCGCGGGCAUCUGGUUAUGGUGGUCAAGUUGACGGAUAUGGUUUCGGUGUAUAUCCCCGGGAAACGACCGUCUUGGGAGGUUGUUGUGGCUGAGGGGAUGGAUUUGUCGCUGGCAUCGGUUCUUGCUGUGCUUCUCGCCAUGAUGCUAUACUCAAGCAGUGAGGCGCCAUCGAAUACCCUUACCAACUCGAGUUACUGA